AUGACGGUUGGUAUUAGUGAUGGUGACUAUGAUGGUAGAAUUGAUUGCUGUCCAUUGGCCAAAGUGAAUUGUUCAAGCAUCUUUGCUGAAAGAGACUGCAUUUUGUGUCUGAAAAUCUGUAGCAGCGUGGACUCUCUCAACGAGCAUAAGAAAACAUAUCAUCUUACCACUCCUCAACCCAUUGAGACAGUGGAGAUGCAUCGUUCAGCAGACGAAAUGAUCAACAUAAGAAGUCAGGAAGUAGGCGCCAUAGGUUGUGUAAUGGUUGGAGGUGAUUGGUCACAAGAACUUUGCGCAAGGGUAUGCCUAAUUGACGAAGAUGAGAAGAUUAUUUUUCAGACUUAUAUUCUACCUCCGACUCCUGUGGCUGAUUAUAGGUAUGAAAUUACUGGUAUAACAGAAAAUAAUCUACAAGAUGCCAUGCCUUUGAAUGAAGUCCGAGAGAGAAUUCAGCAGAUUCUUUACAGCGGAGAGCCAAUUAGUAGAGUACUUGUGGGCCAUAACCUUGAGAAACAACUGCAUUGCUUGAAGAUGUCUUAUCAUGAUCAUCUUCUGAGAUUCAUUGGAUAUCAGAAUGUGGAAGUGGAACCUUCAGAAAUUCCUCUGCAACCCCUCUCCACUACAAGGCACAAAUGUCCAGCUUGUUACAAGCAGUGCAAAGAGAAGGAUCAUAUUAUUGAACAUAUGCGAACAUCUCAUCAUUCGGUUCAUGACCCUAAAUGCGGUGUGUGUAACAAACAUUGCAAAUCAUUUGAAUCACUAAGGGAGCACAUUGCUGGUCCGUUGGCCAAAGUGAGUUGCUCAAGCGUCUUUGCUGAACGAGGCUGCAUUUUGUGUCUGAAAAUCUGUAGCAGCGUGGACUCUCUCAACGAGCAUAAGGAAACAUGUCGUCUUACCACUCCUCAACCCAUUGAGACAGUGGAGAUGCAUCGUUCAGCAGACGAAAUGAUCAACAUAAGAGGUAAGGAAGUAGUCGCCAUAGGUUGUGUAAUGGUUGGAGGUGGUUGGUCACAAGAACUUUGCGCAAGGGUAUGCCUAGUUGACGAAGAUGAGAAGAUUGUUUUUCAGACUUAUGUUCUACCUCCGACUCCUGUGGCUAAUUAUAGGUAUGAAAUUACUGGUAUAACAGAAAAAAAUCUACAAAAUGCCAUGCCUUGGGAUGAAGUCCGGGAGAGAAUUCCACAGAUUCUCUACAGCGGAGAGCCAAUUGGUAGAGUACUUGUGGGCCAUAACCUUGAGACAAACCUGCGUUGCUUGAAGUUGUCGUAUCUUGAUCAUCUUCAGAGAGAUACUGCAACAUACCAGCCCCUGAUGAAGACCAACUUUUUCAGCCAUUCUCUAAAAUAUCUAACCAAGACUUAUCUAGGAUAUGACAUCCAAGUUGGUUUCCAUGAUCCUUACCAAGAUGCAGUGUCUGCGAUGCGGUUGUACAAGAGGAUGUGCUCACAGGACCACCCAAUGGUUAGGGUAUCAAAUUCACUAGGUCAACGCUUUAUCGGUUGCUCUGAUCCAUGGACAUCUGUGGCACACGAGAGAAUGACAAUAGAGGAGCUCUUAGCAAUAUCCAGAGCAAACUAUGAGUGUUGGUGUCUUGAUUCACAGGAAUCCAAUUAUUGAAUAUACAUUUGAUCUGAUAAAACUUCUAGCUCCAAGUGCGCGGACACUAGAG